UUUCGUAACUGAGUUAUAGACAAGGCACUCUUUGCCGCAAGAAUCUGACGAAAUGAAUUAUAUCUACGUGGGAUGUUUCAUUCUUUUAGCAUUUUUUACUGUUCGAGUUUCGACUCUGAGAAAGCAAGUACGACCCGAAGAGUACAUGGGUUGCUUUGCCAUCAACGAAGAGGAACGCUUGUUUAUCUCAAGCCCCGGAGAUUAUGAUAGGAAUGAUAUCAGUCCACUGCACUGCCUGCGGCAGUGCGGCAGGAAAUAUCAUUAUGCUGCUCUAGAAGACGGAGAUAUCUGUCUCUGUGCAAAUUCAUUACCAAACUCAACCAUGGCAUUGAAUGAUUCUGAAUGUGGUAAGAAGUGUCCUGGUUCAGACAGCUGGCCUAACGAAGCACGAGAAUGGCUUAGAUGCGGUGGCGAACGAAAAAUCAGCAUUUACUCUGCAUCUGAGAGGAUAUUGGGUUUAAGUCUUAUGAACACAGGUCAUUUACAAGUGCUGAAACCAGUCACGAUAUCUGCGAAUUUGACCAAUGGAAUGAACGUUACAUUCUCCUUUACGCUCGGUGAUGGCUCGAAAUCGUUAGAGCCAUCGAAGGUGCCUCAAGUUCGUCAUAUCUACGACCAGCCAGGAUCAUACAUUGUUUCUAUGACAGCAACAAAUCUUGUUACGGGAUCAGUAACCGUUUCACAGAUGUAUAACAUAGAUGACCCAAUGGGGCACAUAGAGCUUCUCUGCCCACACUCGGUUCCCUUAGGAUCCUGGAUAGAAUGCAAUGGCUCACUGAUCCGGGGCUCACGAAUCAACAACACUUUCUUCUUUGGUGAUGGAAGCUAUGAGUCCAUCCCUUUGAGUUCUCGUUAUUACAACGCUGGUCCAAAAAUUCCACGCGAUAAUGACACAUUUUAUUCAAUCAUGCCAAGCCCCCAAGGGACGAUCGUAUCACCAGCAUAUGAGUUCCGACACGAUGGCACAGUCACUGAAUUCGAGUUUGAAGGAGCAAAGAUAGGAAAGCUAAGAUUACAAAUAUUCCGUCCUCGCUGUGACGCUGGUGAAAAGUAUUGUCUGUCCAACAAGUCGUGUGUGGAGGAAGGUGAAACUUGUGAUCCUACCUACAAGAAAAAAUGCCAACCUUCGGAGAUUUUCUGCAUCUUCAGAAGGCGUUGCAUAGCAAAUAUCACAGAAACUAGAAAAGCAUGUGUUCCAUUAGUGCCGCAUAAGACCGACGUACCCAGGGCGGAUUAUGAGCUCAUAUUUGAGAACCUGAUUACUAUUGACACCCUGGGCCAUCAUAUUAAGACUUUACCAACUAAUGAGCAGCCCUCUGUGAGACAAGGAGAUGUUCUUGGUUGGAUUUCCGAUGGUGGGGAUCUAGCGUUUAGAGAGAUUAAUCCAGCUGACGGAGCAGCUUUCGAGUUCGAGUACCACACCAACCCACAGAUAGGGGACACCUUACUUAGGUCAAGCAAUCCCAGUAUGUAUCACAGGCAUUAUAUCGUGGCAGCACACUAUGUUCAUGCCGCGGACUUUGUCAUACGGCAUUUAUAUAAAUCCACAGGAGUUAAACACUUGAUCUCGAACAUCACGCAAACUGUGCUGGUAGCAGUGGAUAUUCCUGUGGGCGAGAACGUCACGAUGAGCCAUCGAAGCAUCGUGAACACUCACGAAUCAGUUGUGUUUGAUGUUCCUUGGCAUUCCGGUUCCAACGUUACUUAUAUAUGGGACUUCGGAGAUGGAAGCAGUGUGCGCACUCAGUCAAACUCAACCACCUACAAUUAUACGUCGUCUGGGACCUUCUAUAUAAGACUCACUGUUGCAAACUCUGUAAACCAAAAAGUUUUACAUUCAGUUAUCGCUGCUUUCGAUUUCAUAAAAGGUUUUACAUUUUCCAAUCCAAUCAAAGCUAAGGCACUUGGCUUGUCGACUGAAAUCAAGUGGGAAGCAGCUGAAGGUACCAACAUAACUUUUGUGGUAGAUUUUGGAGAUGGUAGCCCCCGAUACGAAAAGGCCACCACAUUGGACGGAAGUCGCAAAUGCUCCACUACUCAUCUGUAUUCCGCUGUUGGAAACUAUACAGUUAGUGUUUUUGCUUUUAAUCUGGUUGGUCCGAAUAUUUCCAUAAUUUCUCCGGCGGUUGUUGAAAUCCCAGUUUCAGAGGUGGAAUUCAGUCUCCCUGCUGCCCAUGUCACGCAGAAGGUUUACUUUGCUGUGGGUGAUACGGUCACUGUUAACCGUGUCGUACAGAAUGGAACCAAUGUCAGGUGUUCGUUCGAUUUCAAGGAUGGGACACCACCAACAGUGAGCAUCGAGUACAGCACGAGCCAUGUCUAUAACAGGGUUGGAGUUUAUAAGGUAGAGAUCACAUGUUAUAAUGCCGUCAAUUCGGUCAAGCGACUUCUCAACGCAACGGUCGUGGUCCAGAAUAUUGAAAAUAUCACAGGACUCACCUUAAGUGCUAAUCCAGCCAUUUUUAAGAACGAUUCAGAGAUCAUCGUUGAUAUGAAAACGGGAACAGUCUUUUUCUGCACGCUUCACUUCGGAGACGGAGACAGGCUUAAGAUCGACUACACACAUCUCCGUGAGCCUCUGUUUCAUUAUUACCCGGCGAUUGGCUCUUACAACAUUUCUGUAAAGUGUCAUAAUCGUCUGGGAGAGGCGGAAUUCACAGGCAUUCACGAUGUGGACAUUCCUAUCAAAGGCGUGACAGUGACAAGCCAGAAAAGGUUCAUCCGAGUGCAUGAAAGCGUUGCUAUUGAUAUCAGAGUUAAGGAGGGUUCCCGGAUUAGAUACGUAUGGGAUUAUAAUGAUGGCAGCACAGACACAUCCUAUCGUACUUUGGCGAAACAAAACGAACUUGAAUCUAGCUCUCACGCCUUUGCUAGGCCAGGAGCAUUUCCUGUGAGGGUUACAGUUUCAAACUCUUUUUCGGAUGUUUCUUUGGAUUUAACCGAUGCUUUAGUCGUUGAAUAUCCAGUAGCGAACAUUUCUCUGACGACAGACAGCCCUAUAAGAUUAAACCCUGGGAUAGCCACGCUCAACCUGCGUUUAGUAGCAGAUGGGACGCCACCGACUAAUGCGGUCUGUGUUUGGAAUUUUGCGGAUGGGUCUGGUCUCACACAGAGUGCGCCUUUUAUAAUUUCACCCUCGCAGCUGUUUGUAAAGACGUAUACAUAUACAUCGGAAGGGAUCUUUACAGCAUUGGUUAACAUUUCUAACAAUGUUAGCAGUCUCGUUCUAACAGCGGAUAUUGAUGUACAAGAGAUCAAAGAUGUCAGUAUCAGUGUGAUGCGAAUUGAAGAAGGAGUAAGAACGGAAGGCUUUGGACGGUUCAAAAACUUUUUCCGUGCCAUGGAAACUGUCUUUUUCAACGUUACGAUGCAGGCCAAAGAUGAACGUUACACAUGGGACUUCGAAGAUGGAUCGCCACGGAAAGUCACUUCGGAACCAUACACAACCCAUGUGUACAACCGUUCUGGGAUUUACAGAACUGGAGUGACUGUAAAUAAUAUUUUAGCUACAAUGAAUUCCACCAAAGACAUUGUUAUAGAGAAAGCGGUCGAAAAGAUAUCGAUUAGCGCUAGUUAUCCUACAUAUUACGGCGACCCAACGUAUUUCACCAUUCAUAUCGAGGAACCUGGAACAGACACAUGUCUGACUCUCGAUUUUCAGGACUCGCAUAUAACGUUCAUGGGCGAGCCACGUUGCAGACCGUCAUUACUACCCCUUAAUAACAAAUUUCUUGAGUUGAAUUCCAAUCAGACUAAAGUCGAGCUUACUCAUGAAUACGAUGACAUGGGGUCAUACCCUGCAAAACUUUCGGCUUUCAACACUGUGUCAAAGAAAGUUGCCAGCACUCUCGUGAAUAUUACUACCAACCCAUGCAAUAUACCUACAGUGAAAAUCGUUGGAGAAGAUUUCAAAGAUCCGCCACAGAAGAUUAAAAAAUCCGAAAUGCUCACGCUAAGGCACGAAGUUUCCUAUAAGUGUCCUGUGGCCUCCAGUAUUGUCUUUACUUGGGGCGUCUUCCUUGUGAGCUAUGAAGACCGAAGUAACGAAAGCAUUCCAAUUUCGGAUUUGUCAGUAAACCUUGUGCACAAUUUUACUAAUCCCGUUACAGAGUACGCUUUGCGGCGAGCGGACUUGCUGAUAAAAGAAACGAAGCUUCCGUUCGGCCACAUCAAGUUUAAGCUUACAGUCAGCUUUCAGGGGAAGGAUCGGGACCUGUCGGAAUUCGCCGGCACGGACAAUGUAUGGAUUGAAGUAAAGCGGUCUGAAAUGACUGCAGUAAUAAGAGGUAGUUUCAAGCGUUCCAUCGGCUACCAAUUACUCCUGAAAUUGGAUGCGUCUGACUCUAAGGAUCCGGACUUUCCGAAUGACAAGACUGGCAUUGAGUACACUUGGAUGUGUAAGAAGGUAGAUGAAGAGUUCCCAGAAACCACUGCGUUAAAAGUUGAAAGUGGUGGAUGUUGGGAAAAUGGGACUUACGUUUUUGGCGGCAAUAAUGAAAUAGCUUCGGUGUUCACGGGAGACUUCUAUCAAGGCACUAUGUAUGAUUUUAGUGUUAUAGUGCAGAAGGAUACUCGCAAGAGCCACUAUGACCAAAGGGUUGAAGUUCUACGAGGACAACCGCCGACCAUGGUGAUAGAGUAUGUGUUCAACGUGCUUGCGAAGAAAAAUCCUUUCAAACGGCUGAUUAUGGAGAGUCGGUGCAUCGACUGCAAGAUUGAUGAUCGCCUGGAGUAUCAGUGGAAACUCUCCCUGCUACUCGAAGGAGCCGGUAAAGAUGACGAGAAUUCCUGGGAAGAGAAAACAGACUGGACGGACUAUACACAAGCCACAGGACUUAAAGCAUCAAGCUUGAUUAUUGAGGCUGGAUACCUGUUACCCGGACGGACGUACAGGCUACAACUUAAUGCAUGGAGACCAGGGGGAUACCCGGGAGGUUAUGUGAUAGAGGAGAUGGUAAUGAACAUUGCCCCCACAGGGGGUAAGUGUAGUGUCCCUGUGUCUGAAGGCUUCGCUUUGGAAACUCAGUUUAACGUGAUGUGCGAGGAAUGGUCGGAUCCAGAUGUACCUCUUACUUAUCUGAUAGAGCUUAAAAAUGGAGAAGAAAUUGUUCCCUUAUCUGCGGGACUUGACAACAAUAUGACAUCGGUAUUUCCCCUUGGCAAGCCGGAAUACAAUUAUACGAUAGAAGUCAGAGUGAAAGUCAUGGACGCCUAUUUACUGAGUACUGAAACUCAGUUUUCUGUACGGGUCCUAGAACCAGUCAAUGUCGAUUACGAUCAAGUGUUCGGAGACAUGGAAGCCGCUGCAGGUGGCGAGGGAGGAGACCAAAAAGCUGUUCAACUCGCAGGAGCGGCAAGCUCUGUGUUGAAAGCUAAAGCGGGCAAGGAAGGUGACGAUGGAGCAGGAGAAAGAGCUGCGUUCCGUGGCAAGGUAGCUGGUCAGUUAAGUCAGCUCCCUGUCAAAGAUUUUGACGGUGUAGCCAUGAAGGGAGAAGCUCUCAACUCACUGACAUCAGCGACAGGUGAAGUGGACGAAGACGCUCAGAACGCUACAGUGAAUGCGUUAGGUGAGAUGGGUGACUUCCUGACGAGCAGUGACAGCGCACGUGACGUGGAAAAUGUAGCAAAAAGUCUGGGUUCCGCCAUUGGCAAUGUAGUAGGAGCGUCAAUUGACUCAUAUCAAAAAGCCGCCAAUGGAACGUCUUCGGGAGAUCCAAGCAAAAGUCGAAACAACACCAAAAACGCUCUCGGCGUGGUAGACAAGGUCAGUGGUGCUCUUAUGAAGCAGCUAGCAGCAGGAGACAAACCGAAGUCGAUAUCGUCGCCAAAUCUGGACAUGUCUGUUGGAAGAAAGACUAUUGAUGAUAUCGGUGGCGAGAACGACGACGAAGAUGCCGAGGAAGGGGAAGGAAUGGGUGGAGUCAAAUUACCCGACCCUAUGGCGCUCUUUGGAGGGGCUAAUGCUUCUGUGGAAGAUGGAGCUACAAGUGCCAUCGGCUCAACGCUCUCUGCGAUGGACAAGAACCCGUUUGCUUGGGAUAACAGUUCUAGUGAUUUAAAUUCUAAAACGGUUGGAUUAUCACUCACGGAUGGUAACGGCAAGCCGCUGGACCUAGCAGGGCAACAGUUGGAAAUGUUUGUUCCCCGAAAUCUCAAGAUAAAUCCCGUUAAACCCAUGGAGCUCAACCACUACGCAGAGGGUGAUCCUCCCAUGCGCAUUCAUAAAUUCAAUCGCUCAAGUAUAGAGGCAGCUGUUGCCAUAGAGAUGAAGUUUUUUCACCCAGAUAUCAAGUUUAUGGUUGCAGUGAGGUACGAUAAAAAACCGACUGCAAAUCAUUACGAUUUUGUGCACACUUUUCCGACUCCAACGGAAGCAAAGAAAAUGAAGAAACGGCCACACCCAUUUACCUAUGUGAUCCCGCACGUACUGCUCAACCCUCUGCUCAUUAGAGGACAAAACGAAAGCAAUAAUGGUACAGAUCUCUCUACUCUGCUGGCCAACGUGACAAUAAAGCAGUUCUAUUUAGGUGUGAAAGCUAUAAACAAAGAUGCUUUGAGUAACGCAAACACCAGCUAUGCCAUGCGAAUCUAUCUGCCUUCCUGUAAAAUGUUUGAUGAAGAUAAAAACACUUGGACAACAAAAGGCUGUAAGGUUGGACCAAAAACCAUCGCUAACAGCACACAUUGUUUAUGUACACCCGGAGAAGACGAGGAGGAAGAGGUUGAAGAAGAAUUUGAGGCAACAACCGAGGCACCGACAGUGGCUGCCUCAAGUGGGGAUUCACAGCCCGUUAAAAAAGUUGUACAGCGACGACGAUUCAGAAAAAGUGUGAACAAAGUGAAUAUUGCUAGUAGCAUGUUCGUGGCGCCAAACCCGAUCGACUUCAACAAGGUGUUUAACGCUAAACUAGCAGAGAAUCCUAUCGCUCUGGCUGUUGUUUGUGGAAUAUUUGGGGUUUACCUGAUAUUGGCUAUUUAUGCACGGAGAGAAGACUUAAAGGAUGUUGAAAGGGCAGGAGUAACUCCUCUGGAGGACAACGAGUCAUUUGACCAAUACCAUUACGAGAUAACAGUGUACACGGGAUUCGGAAAACGUGCAGGAACUACAGCCGAGGUCAGUUUUAUACUCUCCGGGGAUGAAGGCGAAAGUGAGCCCCGUCUGCUCAAAGAUCCUAAAGGGAAGACGUUUCAGCGACGUGGUGUAGACGUAUUCUUGGCAACGUUUCCGGAAAGUUUUGGGGAACUGAACUACCUACACCUGUGGCACAAUAAUGGAGGUCGCUCGCCUUCAUGGUAUGUCAGUCGUGUCGUGGUUCACGACCUCAACAAUGACAAGAAAUUCUUGUUCAUCUGCGAGAGUUGGCUCGCUGUUGAGGAAGGUGACGGUGCAGUCGACAGACUUAUUCCUGUGGCAGGCCUCGAUGAAAUGACAAGCUUUAACCACCUGUUUUACUCCACUACACAGAAAAAUCUCGCAGACGGCCAUCUGUGGUUCUCCGUCUUCAUGCGGCCAGCAAAAAGUCGUUUCACGCGACUUCAGCGCAUCAGCUGCUGUUUAACCCUUUUGUACUGUUCUAUGAUCACAAACGCCAUGUUUUACCAGGUUGGAGGAGAAAGCGAUCCUGCCUCUACCAUUCAGAUAGGACCUCUGGCUUUCAGUCCCGCUCAAAUUGGCAUUGGCAUUAUGAGCAGUUUGAUCGUCGUACCUGUUAACCUCUUAAUCGUUGGAAUCUUUCGUAAUGUCGAAGCUAGGCCAACGAAAGAAGAACUUAGAGAGCGACGCAGUAAAAGAACAUGUUGGUGGUUCCAAGAGUUGUUUUUCUGCUUCUUCGACUUCAACAAAAACAACAAGAACGAUUUUAUCGAAAUCUUGCAAAAGGACUCGAGAAAAGAGGAAACAUUUUUGGACUUUAGCUCCAAAACGAACUUGGCCGCAAACGACGAGAUCCUAGUAGCCGAAGGUGUCGAGUCAGAAGACAUAAGUUUUAGAAUCUCUAAACAGGAACGAAAAGAAGAGAUGGAAAAAAAGCAAAAGAAGAAAAAGAAGAAGAAGAAGAAGUUGCUGCCCUAUUGGUUUCUUUACAUCGGCUGGGUCAUUUGCUUUUUAACGUGUUUCACGACAGCUUUAUUCUGUGUCCUCUAUGGACUACAAUUUGGUAAAGAAAAAUCUGCUCAGUGGAUCUCGUCCAUGUUGAUCUCAUUCUUUCAAGAUGUUCUUAUCAGUCAGCCAAUCAAAAUUCUCGCAGUCGCACUUGUAAUCGCAAUCAUCAUCAAGAAACCUGCAGAGGAAGAAGAGGAAGAGGAAGGAGAUAAGAAAAAGCUCGACGACGAGGACUGGCUGCACGACGGUCCAAGAGAAUCCGGCGACAGAAGAAUGAAACCAAAGACACUGAUUCGUUUACAACCACCCGACAAGUCGAAACUGGAAAAAGCCAGACAACUCAGAUUUAAAGAAAUGAAAAUGAAUGCAAUCGUCAAGGAAGUUGCGUUGUACGUGUUUUUCGUGGCUUGCUUAUGCAUCGUCAGCUAUUCUCACAGGGACCCUACUUCCUUUGCUUUUAGAGAAGAAAUGUAUAAUUCUUUCGUAGAGGGAGUUCACGGAGGCCAAAAGAGCUUCUCUGCGAUUGGAAGCCGAGAAAAUUUCUAUCAGUAUGCUAAGACGACACUGAUGAAUGCUUUGUAUACCACAGCAUGGUAUAAUGGAGAUGACACGGAGCCUGGCUUCACUGCAGAUUUGUCGGCAUACAUCGUGGGAAUGGCAAGACUAAGACAACUCAGAGUUAAAAAUUACUCCUGUGAAGUAGCAUCAGACUUCACACCUUACAUCGACGAAUGCAACGACUGGUAUGGCUUUUUUUCCGAGGAGAAAGGCCAGUUUGAUAUCGGAUGGGAGCCACUCAAGAACGAGUCUUUGUAUAUUCCACCAUUUACUUACCAAGCCUGGGAAUUCAACACAUCGGAUGAACUGGACACAUUACCUGUGAUGGGAUUCGUGUCGACAUAUGGUGGGGGCGGAUUUGUGGCGGAGUUGGGAUACACCAGAGAGAACGCCACGAAAAUAAUUCAGAUCCUGGAGGAAAACAAAUGGAUUGAUUCACAAACCCGCGCAGUCAUCGUGGAAAUAGCCACAUAUAACCCUGUAGUAAAUCUGUUCUGCGUUAUGACUCUGAUUGUAGAAUUCCUCCCUACCAACGGAGUUUUCCUGUUCACUGACCUUAAGAUUGCUCGCCUUUUCACCUUCGGAGGCGGUUUUGAAUCAUUUCUUCUUGCUUGCGAGUUUUUCAUCCUCCUUUUCUUUGCUGUGUUCAUUUAUCAAGAACUUAAGCAACUGUACAGGCUUCGUAAGGGAUACUUCAAAGAGUUCUGGAACUAUAUCGAAUUUAUAAUGAUCAUUCUGGUUUUCACGUGUGUGGGUAUGUUUUUCACGCGUACGAUGCUCGUGAGCCAGGCAAUUACCAGUCUCGAAGAAAAUCCAGGAAAAUACGUCAGUUUCGGUCGAGUGGCUUCCUGGAACGAGGUUUUCAUGUACAUGGUGAGCAUGGUGGUGUUCACUGCCUGGAUCAAGGGAAUUAAGCUCCUACGCUUUAACCGUCGUAUUACGAUUCUGGCGCAAACUCUGAGAGGUUCUGCCGGUCCUUUGGCUGCAUUCUCCGUUGUCUUUUUGGUGUUUUUCCUGUCUUACUCUCUAUUUGCGUUUGCUGUUUUCGGCAAGGACAUUUCCGGUUUUUACAACUUUGUUUCCACGUGCGAGACUGUGAUGGGAAUUCUGCUCGGAUCAUUUGAUUACAGGGCUAUCGAAGAGGCGGCUCCUAUUCUUGGGCCAAUAUUCUUCUUCACGAUAAUGGUCUUUGGCACAUUCAUUUUGAUGAAUAUGUUUCUGACCAUCGUGUUGGAUGUGUUCUCCGAAGUGAAAGAGUCCAUUGACGAUCAAGAGAACGAAUACGAGAUUGUCGACUUUAUGAUCCGGCGCUUUAGGAAGUUCACCGGAAUGCAGCCAAACAAGGUUAUGAUUGACUCUGAAGAGUCGAUGGAGAAGACAGACAUUGAAGAAGAAACUAGAAAAGACCUACUGGCUUUGAGCAACAAGAAGAAACUAAGAGCCAGGCGAAAGUUUAAGCCAAUGGAUCUAGUGGCGCAGCGCUUCACAAGACUGGAAACAUCGCUGAGUGGUUUUUAUUGUGAAGAGUGGGCUGAGGAGCGCCUGCUAGAUCACAUAGUGGAGAGGAGGUGGGGAGUCAAUGCUGAGGCUGCUUAUGCUCAGGCAGACGCUGAGCUACACGAGGAGCAACAGGUAGAGCAGCUACGUCAGGAUAUGUAUGCUGCUGCUGAACGGUUUGAUGCUGGUGAGGGAGCCAUCAAUUUGAACUUCGAGGAUGAUAUUUUUGAACCGUGGAACUCGACUGAUGCAUAAAAAUUCAGUGCCAGUUGAGUAUGUAUCGACCUUGCAACAGAAUUUCUUAACAUCGAAAAACUUAGCAUGUAUUCACACAGUUUUUGCGGUUAUGUACUGAAAGUACGAGAGAAAUCAGUUCUCUCGUUUUAACCACAGAGCAAUUUAUCACCCUGUUACUAUUGAUCAUGAACUAUUACAAAAGUAUAAUCGUACAUACUAACAUUAUUAUUUGUCUCAUAAGUAUGGUGGUUCAGCCAGGAAUAAUAGCUAUAAAAUAUUUAUUCACCCGGCGAGUCACCGCUAUCGUAGAUCAACCAACCAGACAAUCUAAUAUAAGAUGUAACUGAGUAAGUCCUUGGGAACAGUAUGCUAUAUUAAAACCUCUUCCUGGCUUGGUCUUUAACAUUUUAAGCUGCGAUCUGAUACAAAGAAUGGCGUUGCUUUGUUUACUUAAUGGUUUUCAAGUGUUAAACAAUUACAAACAUCAAUUUUUAAAGGGAUUUUCUGAAUAUUCAACUUAAGAAAGCUUCCGAUGCUGGAUGAUGUAAUAUCUGAUUCGUUCUGGGGUCUCUGAUAAACUGUAGGAUGUUCAUGUUCGUAAGCACGUUUUGAUCGGAUUUAAUGCCACGCAUAUAGUGAUAAUGAGGGUGGGUUAUUUAUGUUAUCAUAAAGACUGACGAAGUUCCUACUUCUGAUAAAGAAAGAACAUAGAAUGCAGCAAGUGUUUAUUUAAAAUUCGGGAGGACUUUUCUGUUGUAAAAAUACUGGGCUUACAAAUAAAAUUUGCAGGAUAUGGU